AUGGGUAUUGGGGAUGAGCCGGAUGUACCACCUCCAUCCGGGAGUGCCAAGCCACCACGUCCACGAUCAAAUAAAAAAAGAUCGUGGACGUGGGAACAUUUCACCAAGGUUGACGGUGAUCCCUCGGAACCGCACGCAGCUUGCAACCAUUGUGGCCAAGAAGUUGGAUGUCAUUCAAAGAAACAAGGCACUACUGGAUUGAUAUCACAUCUAAAUGGUUGCCAGAGGUAUAAGAUAGCGAAGGGAUUGGCGGCCAAAGAUCAGACAACGAUGAGUUAUGAAACUUCUACUGCGACUGAUGGUACGCAAGUUAAGAAAAUGGUUAUCCCUCAAUACAGUGAGAAGUUGUUGAGAGAUGCGCUUGCCGAGAUAAUCAUUGAAGAUGAGAUGCCUUUUAUGACAGUUGAAAAAAGAGGGUUCCGCAAGUUUGUCAAGCUCAUUGAGCCACGAUUCCCAAUGCCGUCACGCACACUACAUUGA